AUGGAGUUCGGGCUCACUGUCAAGUCCGCCAGCGCCAGCGCGAACGUCUACGGUGUCAUGACCAAAUCGAUCGUCGCCGUACCGCUCGAGGCCGCCGCCAGCCUGCCCGUCGGGUGGUACGGUGGUUUGAAUAGGAACUCUGCUGCGUCGUCGCUGGCCCUGUACGACGCCGAUCUCUUCGACGGGACCAACCCGGCCGUGGUCGACACUACGGCGAAGCCGCCUGCCGACGUCGGCUCGCUGAUUGACAUCUCCGGCAUCGUGCGCGACGUGGCCGGCAGCCCGGCGCUGCGUCAGGUCCUGUUCGACGUCUUGCCAUCGGCGCUCACCGAAACCGCGCGCGGCGCCUUCCUCAACGCUUCGUCGUUCGCACCCGUGACCCUGGCUGACGUAACUGUGGGCGGCAUCCGCACCUCGGCCGCGGCCACGCCGGGCGUCGGCGUACUCCUGCAGAGUCAGGUUGAGUGUCGCGGCGCCGAGUGCGCCAGCAUGCCGUUCGCCGAAGCGCUCCAGCGGCUCGUGGCCUCGGCCGCGCGAAGCCGCGACCUGUGCCCGACACCCGUGCUCCUGGUCGACUCCCUGCGGGCCUCGCUCAGCGUCGACCUCACGGUCGGCUUCCUGUCCCCCACGGCCCCUGCCGACCUCACCCAGUCGUACGUGCGCGCCAGAGGCAUGAGCGCCCGCAGCGAGGCCUUGUUCCGCUGCAGCGAGUCCUACGUGGGGAUCGCGCUCUCCGUGUCGGCGCCGCUGGACCAAGCCGCAGCCUAUUGGCCGCUGGCGGCACUCACCGACCAGCGCACGGCGGUAGGCUUGGUGCGCGCCAUCCCGCUGGUCACGCAGGGCCGCAUGGCCGGCGUGCUCCUCGACUCUGACGCCGCGCGCCACCACGUGGCGCCCUUCGAUCUGUUCUCGGCCCACGGCGGCGGACUCCUGCUCCCCGAUCACGCGCUGACGGAAGCCGACCUCAAGUUCAACGUGACGGCCCUCUUCGCCGCCAUCCAGCACCGGCUGGCGACGUCGGUGCCGCUGGUCGACGCACUGAUGGCCGACCUCCUCCCGAGCGACUCGAAUGCUGUCGCCGCGCUAGUCGACGCCUACGUGUCGCAGACGUUCCACCCCACAUUCUUUGGAUUCCUCCACUACAUCGCGGUGCUGCACGACAGCGAGCUCCAGGUCUUCGUGUCGCCCGACGGCCUCGGCGCUACACUGGCGAUGGACAUCGCCCGCCAGCGCGUCCGCCUCUCGAGUCCCUCGGCGGUGGGCGUCGACGUGAUCGUGUCCCACGCCAACGCCGCGCUCCACACGCUGAGCGCUGCUGCCGUGCAGCAGUUCGGCUCCCUGUCCACCUACGAGGUGCCCCGCGUGCCCAAGAACCUCACCGACACCGACGUCGAGCUGGCCCGCUUCUUCACCGCCGUGGUGACCAUCAACUGCACCCACCUGCUCGACUCACGCACCAACAAGACGGCCAGCGUCGACGUGGUCACCGCUCCGCGCUUCUCCGCAGUGGCCUCGGUCCAGGCCCAAUUCAACGCCUCCGACCCGACGCUGCUCUUCAGCAGCGCUUACGUCACCUACGACUUUGGUGCGUCCACGGCGACGGCGACGGCCCAGGCCGGCUCGGCCGCGGCGGGCGUAAUGGGCUCUACGGUCGGGCUCACCCGCGACGGCCAGCUGGCCACCGACGGCACGUGGGGCAACCCAUCGGCCCUGCGCGCGUCGCUCGACUCCAUCUCGGCUGACCUGUUCGAGGUCCCCUGGGCCGAGAGCGCUGUGCAGCCGGUGGUCGGGCUCGACUUUGGCGAAAUGGCCCGCGGCAUACGGUUGGUCGACAUGAUCUCGGAUCUCGCCGUUAGCGAGGCCAUCAGCUCCACGCAGCCGAUUGACGGCUGGACCCUCGCCGGGCUCAUCCAAUCGGCCAUCGCUGCCUACGCGGCGGGCGACGAUACCGUCAUUGCCGAUGUGCGCGUCGUGCCGCUGCUCAACGCACAGACCAUGGACGUCUCGCUGGUCAUCCACAACCAGCGGCGGUUCCAGGUGGCGACCGUGGGCACGACGUGGGACUCCACCGCUGACACCGCGCGGCUCGCCAUCCCGAUGGCACUGAUCACGACGCUGCGCUUCACCGUCAGCCCGUCGGCCUACAACAUCAGUGAGUUCUCGGUGCGCGGCGGCGGCGAGCUCCGGGGCUGGGUGAUCCCAUUCACCUACGGCAUGCUCGCCGGCACGGUCACCGGCGGCAGCGCCUCGGCCGCGCUGGCGGUCAACCUGCCCGGCUCGACCCACCUCCGCGUGACGAUGGCCGUCGCCACAGAGCAACUGGCCCUCCGCGCGCAGAUCGCCGAUGAAGACCUGGUGGACCCGAGGCGAGCCGUGCUGGUCGUGACCAAGGCUGACGACGGCGUCGACGCCACGCUCGGCACGCCUACAGUCACCUCGUCCCGCGUCAUGUCCGUGCUGAGCGAGGUCAUCCUGCCGGCGCUCCCGCAGGCCUUCAGCGGCACGCUCAACGUGCCGAUCCCGCCGCUCGACAAGCCGCUCGGCUCGAUCACCCAGUUCGGCCGCCUGCUGACCAUCAUCAAGCCCUGGCUCGGCAGCAUGCCGGCGUCGUCCAACAGCGGCCAGCUGGUCCAGUCGGCCACCUUCUGCCCGGGCGCCACCGGCCCGAGCGGCGGCAACGUGACCGCUUUCGCGCUCAACGUCACCGUCAACGCCAACGCCCUGGUCACCUGCAAGGCCGCAGGGCCGCUGGCGCCGGCAAGCGUCGGCGCGUUGCGUGAUGACGUCACGGGCCUACUGGCCAGCUGCGGCCUCGACUCCUACCUGGCCGUCCGCGUGCUGGCCACGCAGACCCAGCCCGACGGCACCGAGUGCGGCCGCGUCGGCUUGUUCCCCGCGGUGCCCGGUAUCAUCUGGAGCUUCGCCAUCGCCACCGUGUCGGUGGGCGGCAACGUGAGCAUCGACGGCAAGUGGAUCACGUCGCCCAAGCCCGCCUUUGGCACCUGGGCCGACUUUGCGCGCCUCAUGGCCGCGAUCUUCGCCUACGACAACGACCCGCUCGGCACCGGCACCGCGCAGUGGACCACCACCAACGCGUCGCUGGUCGUGCCGCCCGAGCUGGCUGCCUUCUACCCUUCGGAGCUGCCGGCCAUGUCGGUGCGCGUCGAGGCCGACCACGUGGCCGACGACUACCAGUUUGUCAUGCAGCCGCGCAUCAGCGCGUCCGACGGCGUGAUCCAGCUGAGCUCGCCCAACGCGACGGGCACCGGCGCGGUGGCUUCGACGCUGUCGGCCGAGAUGUUCACCAUCUUUGGCGGGCCGCCGCUGGGCGGGCGGGGCAACAUCAGCCUCAGCACCUGCUUCGACGGCGUCAACACGACGACCAAUGGCACGCUGGUGCCGGCCGCGCCCAAUAACACGUUCGUGCUCACGAUUGGCGCGCAGGUGCUGUCGACCUCGUUCCGGCCCGAGUGGCUCAGCGUGCAGCAACUCGUCGUGCUGCCCGCGGGCAAGCUCCUGAGCGCGGCGCUGAUCGACGACGUGGUGCCGCAGGUCAACGAGACUCUGCGGCCCAUGCUGGCCAUCUACGAGGUGCCCGGCGACGGCGUCAUCCACCGCACGAGCCAGGUCCGCUUCGACCUCGCGCGCCGGCAGCUGCCCGACGGCCGCUGGAUCCUGCCGACGGCCUUCGGCAUCAACGCCGUCUCACCGCUGCCCGCCAUCGCCAACGCCACCAACGUGCCCUCGCAGGCCGUCAUUCUGGCCAAGGACCUGCUGAUGACCCUGGCCACCAACGUCGAGGCUGCCGCUGCAGCUCAGACCGACGCGCACGGCCGGCGCACCACCGGCCCGCCGACGGCUCAGGGCCGCAUCGGCGUCGUCGCCUUCACCGCCGCUCGGCAGCAUACCCUGAGCCGCAUGACCGUCACCAUCGCCGGUGCCUCGAAGUUCCAGGCCCUGACCGACCUCUACCCGUCGCGCGAGCGCUUCUUCGAUUCUUUCACCGUCGGCCUACAGGUCAACAACACGGCCGUCGUGACCGGCCUCGACGUCAACGACGUCACCGGGGCGCCUCCCAAUUUGUCGGCCGUCGGCAGCAGCCGCGGCAGUAAUGUAUCGACACCGGGCAUCACGUUCGGGCAGGUCGGGCACUACGUCGUGGACAGCCUCGACUCGCUCAAGAAUCUCACGCAGCGCCUGGGCUCCUGGUCGUCGUCGUUCAACGGCACGCGCCGCGCGAUUGACACCUUCCGCGGGCUGCUGCGAACCAACACCUCCAUCUGCUCGUGGAUCGACCUGGCCGACGGCCUGGCCGCCGUCCUGGUGCAGACGCCGCUGGUCAGCGCCCAGAUCCCGUUCGCCCACCGCAGCUUCGGGUCGGUGCUCAACGACAACCUGGUGGCCUCGCUCGACAGCCUCCAGUCGAGCGUGUGCGGCGCCCACGAGCCCUUCUCGCUGGGCACCUUCUGCGACCUGGUCAAGCCGGCCUUCAGCGGCACCACGACGGCUUGCGCCAACGUUGAGAUCUCUGACACGGGCCUGGCGAUCGACUUGGUGGUGGAGCCCUUCAACCGCACCUACGUCGACCAGGUGCGCUUCGACACCAGUGCGCUCUUUGCCGAUCCGAGUCUGCCGGUUGGCAUCGGCGCCGCCGGCGAGGUCACCCUCAACGUGGCGUUCGACUUCCGCCUGCGCCUGCUGGCCCGCUUCGGCAACAACGGCAGCCUGGUCACGUUCGGCCUCGACCGCGAGGCCACCUCCUUUGCCGUCGCCGUCGACUUUGACCUUCAGGGCACCGUCCAGGGCAACUUUGGCCCCGUCGCGCUGGCCCUGCCCAACUCGCACGUGUGGGUCGGCAGCCCGGCCCGCCUCGUCGCCCGCCUGCCCCCCGCCGCUCCCGCCGAAUCCGACGCCGCCGUUACCGACGAGUCGAGUAUCGCGCUCGUCGACCACCACCAGCGCUCGUCGAACGCGACGCCCGAGGUGCGGGUAAGCCUGACCGGCUCGGCGGGCUUCAGCGCGGUGGUGGGCUUCAGCACCAACGUGCAGUGUGUCGUGGGCGUGGAAGUGACCGACCUGGCGGCCUUUAUCGCCGGCCAGAUGCCGAGCGUGACCCAGCGCAACUGCGGUCAGGGCUUCGCCGUGGAGCUGCUCGAGCUGCUCCACCAGCAGCCGCUCCUGGCCUCGUUCGGCCUCGGGUUCGUCGACCAGUGGGAGACGGGCCUCGCCCAGUUCAUCGACCUCAUCCUGGUCGCGCUGCGCGAGGGCGCCGAGCUGCCGCUGGUGGGUAAGCUGGUGUCGGGGCUCCUCACCGACGCGCUCGGGCAGGUCAACGGCGCCGACGCCGUCAACAGCCUCACGCGGGCCAUCAGCACCAUCACCGACCGCCUGCUCACCAAGAGCGCCGCCCAGAACGAGGCCGACCUGGAGCAGCUCGUGCUCGAGCUCUUCACCGAGGCCCUGUGCUACGAGUUCCGCGACCUGCUCGUGUCGUGCCCGGCCGUGCCGCAGCUCAACUCGUCUUCAUCGGCGACCGAGUUCACGUGGCCGCUGCACUUCCGCGGCGCCAACAAGCGGGCGCUGCCGCACCUGGACGUGAGCUUGGGCGACCACGGGCCGGCCACGCUGGCGCUCAAGUGCGGCGCCGACCUGGAGAUGGAGUGGGACCUGGUGAUGGUGAUGGCCUUCAACCGCUCGCACGGUCUCGCGUUCCGGUUCGAGACGUCGCCCAUGUUCCUGGGCGACAUCGCGCUCGAGGUGGAACCCGGGUGCGAGCUGUCGGGCACGCUGGGCUGGAUCGGGGCCGACCUGGCCCUGCACAACCCCAAGCUCCUGGAGGCCAAGCUCACGGUCGACAAGAAUCUCGAGAUCGACUUUGUCGCCGACGCGCAGGUGCUGGGCGCGGCCGAGCUGGGCCUGGGCGGCGAGCUGGCCGAGCGGCUGGCCAAGGCCGGACCCGACGCGCUCGACACGCUGCCGCACUGGCAGGCCACACUCAACCUCACCUGGGAGUGGGACCUGCGCCACAACCCGCACCUGGUGCCCCACUUUGCCAUCACCGACAUCGGCUUCUGCAUCGGCCGCCUGCUGACCAACGUCAUCGGCGGCACCGUGUCGCAAACGAUCGACAAGCUGCUCCACCCGCUCGACCCGGUGCUCGGCCCCGACGGCAUCCUGCUCAAGCCCGUGCCGGGCCUCUCGGGCGUGUUCGGCAACAACAUGAACCUCGCCCAGCUUCUCAUCUACGCCUGCCAGUCGGCCACCGAGUGCAAGGUGGGCGGCCUGCUCGAGAUGCUCAAGACCUUUGCGCAGGUGUUCAGCGACGUCGAGUCGCUGGCCGACAUCUCGUCCAUGCUCGGGGGCGAGGGCUGCAACAUCGUGCAGCUCGUGCGCAACUUCACCGUCGACUUCAAGCAGGCCCACCCAGAGCCCAAGUUCACCGGCGCCGUGCCGCCCGACGGCCUCCAGUACAAGGGCGCCGCCGCCGGCAACGACAAGCUCAAAGACGCCGCCGGCGGGUUCCACCGCGGCGUGACCACCGCGGGCAAGUUCGGCAUCCGCCUCUACAUGUUCGACGACCUGGCCAACACGAUGAUGAGCGCCAUCACGGGCAAGGACUUUGCCAUCGCCGGCGUCACGCUGCCCGACGUUACGUUCUUCGUCGGCAUGGAGUGGCCCAUCAUCGUGUGGGACCCGCCCGAGGUCGACAUCAUCGUCGGCGUCAACGCGCGGCUCACGCUCUCCUUUGGCGGCGUUUCGCUCAUGUACAGUGGCCUCGCCGGCGCCUUCAAGACCAAGUCGCCCGGCGUGCUCUUCAGCGCCCUGGCGCUGCCCACCAAGAACGACGACGGCUCGGUCCGCUGGCCCGUCCAGGCCGCCAUCGGCCUCUAUGGCGGCGUCGCCAUCGAUAUCUUCAUCUUCCGCGCCGAGACCUAUCUCACCGUCACGCUAGAGGGCGACGUCGGCUUCGUCGACCUCGACAACGACGGCUGGGUCACCUUCAACGAGAUGGCCUUCCUCAUCCGCCUCAACGGCCCGGCCGGCGCCAUCCGCUUCCGCAUCGUGCUCUCGCUCGGGUUCGGCAUCAAGAUCCAGACGUGCAUCAACCUCCUCGCCGUCCGCUUCUGCUUCACGUGGACGGACCAGCACUGGGAACACUCGUGGACCCUCUACGACAGUUCGAGCAAUCCGCUCGACUCCCUUGCCAUCUCAUCGGGCGGCCACACCUCGGUCAACCUCGCCCUCGUCCAGUUCGGCGGCGGCAAGCGCUCGGCCGACAGCGCGCCCGCGCUGGGCUGCGACUCGUGCGAGGUCGGCGCCAACAACAACGGAUACAACGGAUCGAGCAUCGCUAUGACCGAUUACGGUUCGGCGGCGCCGCCCGACCCGGGCCUCACGUUCUCGGUGUUCCAGACGCCGCAGGGCAUCACGGUCGACUUUACGCCCGCGGGAGUGACCGAGUUCGGCGGCGCGCCGCACAUGUCACGCGCGGGCCUGCCGGCAUCGCAGUCCCUGAUAACGCACGGCGACCCGGGCGGCUCGGCCUUCACCUGGUCGAUCGGCUACGUGACGCAGCUGGUGGUCCUGCCGGACUAUGAUACGGUCACUAUGCGCUACCAGGUGGCCGAGUACCGCAACGUGAGCACCAUCGCCCUGUCGCCGCAGGCCGUGACGCCCGACACGGUGCCCGGCGUCACCAUCACCCGCUGCGCGCAGGUGCACUUCACCAAGCCCAAGGCCGGCGUCACCUUCAACGUGUGGGGCCUGCCCUGCCCGGUCCUGCUCGAGUCCGCCGUCGCCACCAACAUCUCGCUCGCGGGCGACGUCGCCGCCUAUGCCGGCCGGCUGCUCGAGAUCCAGGGCGAGGUCUGGUCGGUCACGAGCGCCAUCACCGCGACCGUGCUUAAUAUCACCGCGAAGAGCCUCAUUGCCGCCGACGGCGAGCUCACCGCCGAGAUUGGCCUGCCGGCCGCCUACAAGACCCUGUCGGUCCAGGGCGACCUCAAGCGGCCGUCGACCUACAUCAUCUCAGAGGUGGCGGCCGGCGUUGCGGCACGCAUCACCGGCGGCUCGAUCAGCGACCGGUUCGUGGUACCCGACAUGCGCCUGCUGCACGGCAGCACGCUGAUCAACGGCGGGUCGGGCGACGACACGACCGAGAUCACCAUCGUCACGCUGCCGGGCGUAGACAUGCUGGUCACGGCCAACGCGAUGGGCCUCGUGCUGCAGGACGGCCACAACGCGUCCGCGGGCAACAGCACCACCCUGCGGCACACCAGCAUCCAGCGCCGCACUUACAUCAUCAAGGGCGCGGCGGACACGCUCUCGAACGUGACGCUGCUCGGCGUGGAGCGCGACGACUCGGUGGUGGUGGUGGCCCACGGCGAGCCGGGCGGCACCAUCUCCCAGCGCAUCACCGGGUGCGACGGCAAGUCGGAGCUGCGCGUGACGUUCCAGAACGGCGGCCAUCACGAGGUGAGGAUCGGCAACAACCACCAGGUGACGGGCAUGCGCUGCACCGUGUGGCUCAACGCCGUCGCCAACAUCUCGCUCACGGUCCACGUCAUCAUCGAGGCCUCGGCCGAGACGCGGCCGCUGCAGUACGACAUCCAGCAGAACACGAUCCUGGUCUACGACGUCGAGAACGACGGCAGCUUCUUCCACCUCAUGUUCAACCAGAUCGACCGCGUCGACGUCCAGUUCGGCCUCGGCGGCUCGGUUCUGCGCAUGGCCGAGGGCACUGUCGGCACUGAGUACGUCUUUGACUUUGGCACCGGCGCCCAAAAUGCGACCAACGCCACCAACGACGACGGCGACAACGACGUCACCAACAUCGCCAACAUCGCGGCCACCGAUAGCCCGCUGCUGCUGCUCGGCCGCAUCACGCAGGUCAACAUCGGCCCGCAGCAGUCCCGGGUCGGCAGUACCGACCCGCUGAAAGGCAUACUCGCCCCGGUGGCCAUCGCGCAGCAACCGCCGCCGCAGAACGCGUCGGCCACACCCUGGGAGGCCGCGAUCGUGCGCCUGGCCGCGGGCACGGGCAAGGCGGCGCCGGCGCAGCACUACUACCUCGACGGCGGCUGCCUCGCCGCGCAGAACCGCACGGCAAGCGGCCGCGUCACGCCGUCGCACAUCACCAUCACGCCCUCGGCCGACAUGUGCGACCUGAUGACCGCGUACGGCCUCGCCGCCGCGUGCGUCGACCCGUGCCCCGUGGUCUACACCGGCCCGAUCAACGUCGCCAUCAUCACGGGCUGGGCCGAUGACUCGUUCUACGGCGUAAACGUGAGCCAGGCCAGCGUGACGAUGGAGCUCGGCCCCGGCGCGGACAACGUCACCUGGUUCGCCGCCCCGCUGGCCACCAGCGGCGCCAACGGCACCGGUAGAGCCCAGCCCAUGGCGCAAUUCGACCUCGGCCCGGGCGCCGACUCAGUGCUCCUGGACUCGCCGAUGGGCAACGCCACGGUCCUGCUGGGCCGCGACACCGAUGUCGACGUAGUGGCGUUCUACUACGGCGGCCUGUCGCUGCCGCCGAGCGUGCACGACAACGUGGUGGCGCCCGUGGGACCCGACAACGCCGCGCUCGCCCUCCAGCAGGUGCGCACCGAGGACCUGCUCUUCAUCUACGGCGGCCGCCUGGCGGUCGACACUGCCGAGGCCGCCGCUGAUGUUGUACCGCUGGCGACCGUGGCCGAUGGCGGUGAGUCGCGGCCCGUGGUGGUGGUCAACGUCACGGUGCCCGGACAGGUGAUCAACAUGGACGUGCAGUCGAACGUCACCUACCGGGUGGUGGGCUCGGCGCAGCUGGCCACGGUCAACCUCAAUGGCCAGGGUCGCCAGAAGCCGCCGUUCCCUACGGCUUCAGACUGGGACGUCGUCGUCGACGUUCCGUCGUCGGCCCAGGUCGACGUCAACGUGCUGGCCGUGCCCGGCUCGCGCUCCCUGACGACCGUGAACGUCACCGGGGGCGCUGACGUACAGUCGGUCCAGCUCGAGUCGCUCGCGCCGGCCGGCCUGUGCCGCACGACCGUGGGCGUGCUCGAGGUGCGCACUAUGCACGUCGACCACAUCAAGCUCGACGCUACGCAGUGCCCCGUCGACGUGCAGGUCCGGGGCACGGCUGACGCCGACCUCGUGAUCGUCACGCCCAACAACGCCACCGAGUCAUCGGUCCGCCUGCUGGACCUGGACAGCGCCGUACUGGUGGUCAACGCCACGGUCGUCGUCACGCCGCAGGCCCUGCUCGCCAACCGCACCGUCGUGGCCGUCGGCCCGCGGUCGCAGGUGACCGUCGCCGACUUUGACUUUGCCGGCGGCGUGUCGUUUGUCGACGGCUGCCUGCUGGGUUCCGACUUUGACCCGAUCACCGCUCCGUUCUCGCAGUGGCUCGCCCGCGAGGCGGCCGCCGUGGGCGUUAACGACACCAGGCGCGCCGCCAAGUGCUCGCUCUUUGCGCACCGCGCAGACAGGUUCAACCUCACCGCGCCGGCGCUCUACGUGGGUGGCCUCGGCGCGACGGAGCGGUCGGCGGUCAUUCGCCGCCUGGUCCUGCAGCGCGUGCCAGCCAGCGUCACGAUCGACAACAUCGGCUCACCCAGCUGGCGCAGCGCCACGGUCGCCGGCUCGGUGCUGGGCGUCGACGGCCGGUUAGAGGUGGACCUGGAGGCCGGCGGCCGGCUCAUGCUGACGACGGCCGUCUUCGGCGACGCCGACACCAGCACCCUGGACAUCUAUGCCACGUCGGCAGCGAGCCGCGCGACCAAUGGCACGGUGCCGCCGCUGUGUCAGUGGUUCUUUGGCACCGACGACGGCGGGGAGCUGGGCGGUGCGACGCUGCUUAUGAGCAGCGUCGACGACGACACGGCGCUGGCGGCGGUCUACGCCUCGUCGCUGCUCGACCCGUGGCACCUGCCGCUGGUGCGGCUCCACGGCCCGGUGCGGCUCACCACCCAGCUGCACAACCUUACCGACAACACGACGCGCGACGUCAUCGUCGAGUCCGCCGCGCUCCAAGUCUACGAGUCGCCCGACGUCGAGCCGCUCGUGACCGUGGCCUGGGUGGCCCAUGGCGCGCACUCGUCGCAGCCGCAGGGCAGUCUCCAGAUCGAGCUCGCCGACGGCAGCAACCGCGUGGCAUUCCACAACGUGGUCGGCCAAGCGCGGCCGUUCGGCCUGCCCCUCAUCAUCGUGAACGAUACGGCCGUCGCCACGCUCACGCCGCCGUCCGCCGGCGCGUCGGCACCGGCCAUCGAACUGCUACACACGUCGGGCAUGCAGGCCGACCUGGACACCCAGUUCCUCGACCCGCUGGGCAGCGGCAGCAGCGCCGCGCAGUACUGCUUCCAGCCUAACGAACAGUGCUCGACCAACGCCUGGCUGUGGCUCAGCGGCCGCCUGGCGCCGUGGCUCUCCACGGAGCUCGCGUGCCGGUCGCGCGACGCACUGGCCGCGUGCCGGAGCCAGGUCUUUGCCUCGCUGAGCCUGCCCGGCGGCAAGCACCGGCUCCGCGCCCUCUUGCACCCCUCGCUCGCGCCGUCGCCGUCGACACUGCCCUCGCCCUCGGCAUCGCCGUCGCCGUCACCGUCUCCAUCGUCGUUGCCGCCGACGUCGGCAUUGCCGUCACCGUCGUCAUCGCCCCAGAACUCAUCACUGGCCUCGCCCUCACCGUCGGCAUCAUCAUCGCCCCAGAAUGCAUCGUUACCGUCGCCCUCGCCGUCUGCAUCGGCAUCGCCCCAGAAUGCAUCAUUGCCGUCGCCCUCGCCGUCUGCGUCAUCAUCGCCCCAGAAUUCAUCAUUGCCGUCACCGCCGGCAGCGUCAUCAGCGGCCUCACCGUCAACAUCUUCGCCGACAGCGCCGUCGCCCUCGACGUCAUCAUCACCACCGCCGUCGCUCCUCGCGGCGAUGAGGGAGACCCGGGCCACGGCGCCGAAGAAGCCCGCCAGCGUGCCGUUCGUGCUCUACAUCACCGCCGGCCAGGCCGACAUACCGGACCCGGCCGCCGGCGCGCUGGCCCAGGCCGCGCCCGUCCAGCGCACCUACACCACGAGCGUGUUCGUCAUGUACGCGGGCAUGACCCUGAUGGGCUUUGGCUGGUGGGUCAUUACCGGCAUCGUCAUCCCAGCCGGCUGGGGGGCGUUAGUCAUCACCGCCUCCCUGGCGGGCCUGCUCGGCGCCUCGACCGCGUGGGAUCCGCGCGUGGUCGCCGUCGUCGAGGGCUCGUACUGGAUCCUGGCCACCUUCGGCUCGAGCUGCGAGCCGCUCGGCGCCUUCCACGUCACCGUCAUGGGCGUCUUCGUGGCCGCCGCCCUCCUGACCGUGCCCGCGCUCGUGUUCAAGCGGCUGCGCAAGGCCCUGCCGGCGCUCCAGCGCGGGCUGACGGCCGUGACGGUCGUCAUGCUGCCGUUCGUGAUCGUCCAGGUGCCCGGGCACGACGGCGCCCUGGGCUGGGCGCUGUUCACGGGCCUCGCCGCCGUGUGCGGCCUCGUUGUGCUGGGCUCGUACUACUUCCACACCUUCAAGGCCCUGCCCAGCCGCAACCGUCGCUACUUUGCCCUGCUGCCGGCCAUACUCAUGUCAGUCGUGGUGGUCGUCAUGUCGAUCCUCGCGCGCCUCCGCGACGACAACGGCAUGCCGCGCGAGCUCUUCUACGUCGCCGCCCUCGCCGCGCUGGCCGUCGACUGCGCCGCCAGCCUCAGCAGCAUGCUCGUACUCAUCUCGCUGGUCAAGGGCUGGUGGCGCGUCAGUCCGGUCAUCAUUUCGGGCGUGGCCAUGUUCUUCAGCGUCGGCUGCGGCCUCAUCUUCCUCAUCUCGAUCGAGGCGGCCGACGCGGGCGAGCUGGCACUGGUCAUGUGGUACCUGUGGGUGCUCUUGCCCACGGCCGCGGCCAUCAUCGUCAUGUGCCUCCCGUACCCGGUCAUCACCAAGCCCAGACCGAGCUUGGCCGGCGGCAGCAGCACUGACCAGCGGCCCCAGCGCGAGCUCUCGACGCCCGACGACGAUGACAGCGCACGGCCGCUGCUCUCCCUCAAUCGCACCGCUACGACGGGCGACGCCCCUUCUUCUCCUCCCUCUUCAUCCGAUUCGGAGGACGACGAGCCCCGCCACUUCGAACCGCCCACGUCAGGCCUGGGCAUGUCUCUGUAA